AUGAAGCUUGUCGCUGGUCUCGUGCUCGUGGCGCUUGCUGCCACCUCCGCCAGAGCUGGGCACCCGGCAACGUUGUUCGCUGACGAUCCCAUUGAGGAGGCGACGAAGGCCACGAAAGCGUCCGAGUUUACGAAGACUGGCUCGACCUAUGACACUGGAUUUUCCAUUUUUGUGACGAAGAGCCACGCGGGAUCAUUGGAAGUGAACACGCUACAAAGCUUCGAGGAUGACGGCUCUGUUCUCGUAAAGGGUUCGAAGCAGAUAGAGGCUCCCGUCACGGCCACCAAGAUGACAAAGUCGACCGAGGCAUCGCCCUCAAGUAUUUUUGGUGGCUUGUACAAGGACGGAUCUGGCGGUGUUGAGAUAGAGGCUCCUGUCACGGCUACGAUGACCAAGUGGACCAAGUCCACCAAGACUGAGCAACGCCGUCGAGUGAGUGUUGUCGGUGGAUUAUACGAUGAGUACACUGGUGUUCUACGUGAUGACCAGUGGCUGUGUUCUGCUAAUUACUACGACGGGUAG